GUUCUCCUAAUUCUGGUUACGUCCCUAAACUUCCUCUCCUCCGUUCGCGGCUCUUUCUUAAAUGUUGGUGGGGGAGUGGAAGGCAACAAUCGAACACCUACAGUGCAUCCGGGGACGAGAUUAGAUAAAGAUCCUUAGAGAGAGGAAAAAGCGGCUCAGUGAUACUUCUGUUCUAUUUUUCGCAUGCGAUGGAAGGCGGUGUUCACAAAGCAGAUAAAACUGAAUUUAAGGAAUGCUUUAAUUUGACAUGGAAGCAGCCAUAUAUCCUUCGUCUGGCAUUUUCUGCUGGCAUUGGUGGUCUGCUUUUUGGUUAUGAUACAGGUGUUAUCUCUGGAGCACUUCUUUACAUUAGAGAUGACUUCGAAUCAGUUGAUCGGAGCACUGUGCUGCAGGAAACCAUUGUCAGCAUGGCUGUAGCUGGAGCUAUAAUAGGAGCUGGAUUCGGUGGAUGGUUGAAUGACAGAUUUGGAAGAAGACCUUCGAUUAUAUUGGCUGAUUUGUUGUUCUUCAUUGGUGCUAUAAUAAUGGCUGCUGCGCCAAUUCCUGGAAUUAUAAUUCUUGGGAGGAUCUUUGUGGGAUUUGGAGUCGGGAUGGCUUCUAUGACCUCUCCACUGUACAUUUCUGAGGCUUCUCCUGCAAGAAUUAGAGGUGCUCUUGUUAGCACUAACGGGCUACUGAUAACAGGAGGACAAUUUUUUUCUUACCUUAUAAAUCUGGCAUUCACCAAGGCACCUGGUACUUGGCGAUGGAUGCUUGGGGUUGCAGCAGUUCCAGCACUUGUUCAAUUUUUGUUAAUGUUGUCCCUUCCUGAGUCACCUAGAUGGCUGUAUAGAAAGGAAAGGGAAGAGGAUAAUGAUCUGCAACUAGCCUUGAAGUUUUCAGUUAAAUCGACUUCAUCUGUUUUGCUUCUUCCCGGAGAAUGCUUGCGGUCGGAUUCUACGGUUAGAGAUGCUUGUCACGCCAAUCAUCGUGAGUGGUAUACUCGAGGAUGCCCAAGCAACUUUGGAUGGUUGGCUCUCGUCGCUCUCGGAGCAUACAUUGUAUCUUAUUCUCCUGGCAUGGGCACUGUCCCCUGGAUUGUCAACUCGGAGAUAUACCCCUUACGAUACCGAGGACUCUGUGGGGGGUUGGCUGCAGUAGCUAAUUGGGUCUCCAAUCUGAUCGUCACGCAGACCUUUCUGAGCUUGACGGAGGCUUUAGGAACAGCUCCCACCUUCCUCUUGUUCUGUGGCAUUUCUGCUGUUGCCUUUGUGUUUAUCUUUUUGCUUGUACCGGAAACCAAGGGUUUGUCAUUCGAAGAAGUGGAGAAGAUGCUGGAAAGCAAUGAUUAUAAGGCAUGGCAUGGAGCAAGGACUCAAGAAAGCAAAAUACCAUAAUUAAAAAUUUUAC